GCCUCACGCCCACCCCUCUUCCCAAACUUUUCUGUGCUUCAGUGGAGACCAGGAAAGAAAUACUAUCAUCCAUCCCCUUACAUACAUUCAAACACACCUACCUCCUCUUUCACUCAGAUACAGACACACAGAUACACACAUUGAUUCUCAUGUGCCAUUCAUCCGAUUAUCUCUGAUAACACCCUCUGAAGGAAUGCAAUAUCAAUUCCAGACUUUUUUUUCCUGACUUGGAUGAAAGUAUUUUCUUGCAUUUGCAUUUUAGGGGAUAUUUUUCCCCUGUCGACCAUCAAGGGGUCACCUGGAUUUGGAAGAUAAUGAUGAUUCACUUGUCUGCAGUGAUAAGAGGAAAAAAGAGUUGGAAUUGAUGAUUGUGGAGUGGAAUUUAGGAAGGUGAUUUGUGAAGAGAAGAACUGGGAGGAGGAGCAGGUGAUUUAAGGAGGAAGAGGAGAGGAAGAGUAUGGGCGGGUCCUCUAUGUGGAUCUUUCUACUGUCCCUUUCUUUCUCCCAUCAAAGCAUCACAGCACAAGCUGAAGCAUGCAGGACGGUGGUGCAGGCAGACAUAGUGUUUCUGGUGGAUGAGUCAUGGAGUGUGGGUCAGACCAGCUUCUCCAGUGUCAAAGACUUCAUCUCAGCCAUCAUCUCUUCCUUCCAGGACAGUGUGGUGGGAAGUGAGGGGGUUCGCUUUGGAGUCACUGUCUUUGGGGAUGUCCCGAGGAUGCGGAUUGCUUUGACAGACUACAGCUCACUGGAGGAGGUGCUCAGAGCCAUCAGAGAACUACCCUAUCAGGGUGGAUCCAGGAGGAUUGGUGAUGCCCUCCAGUUUCUGGUUGACCCUGUGUUCAGCACUGUCAUCAGUCGAGACCAUGCCCCAAAGAUUGCUGUAAUGAUCACAAAUGGACGUUCAGACGACCAGGUCGAUGCCGCAGCCAGAGCAGUAGCUGACAAUGGGAUUUCUCUCUUUGCAGUAGGUGUUAGGGGAGCUGAUGAGUCAGAGCUGAGGAGGAUUGUGUCAGAGCCACUUGAGGAGCACCUAUUGCUAGGCACUGACUACUCUCUCCUUGAAACCAUCCUUCCCAAACUGUCCCGCAGAGUGUGUUUUACGGCAUCUGAACCACCACGUCCUGUGAAAACUUCCCAGCCUGUUCAAGAGCCUGUGGUGGGUCCCAGAGACCUGCAGGUUAGUGAAUUGGCCCACAGUUCCCUCAGACUGACAUGGAGCCAGGCAACAAGUGAUGUCACAGGAUAUCGUCUCCUGGUUACCCCUCUCAGCUCCAAGGGACACCUCCUCCCCCUACAGCAGAAACAGAUUGAUCUGAAGGCGGAUGUGAGCACAGCAAUAGUGACAGAGCUGAGUCCUAAAACAGACUAUUCCCUCACUCUCUAUGCAAUCUACCCCAGCCUCAUAGGAGACUCUGCAACAAUCAAUGUCCAGACAACCCCUUUGCCUCAGGUGUCAAACUUCCGUGUUAUUGAGGAGGGUCUGUUCUCUCUGCGCCUGGGCUGGACGCCUCCUCUAGGGAAGCUCAAUGGAUUCAAGAUCUUCAUCCCAAGAUCCAACCGACCAGGAUUUAUUUACGAGCAUCUGCUUCCUGGAGACACCUCUUCUCAUGUGAUUGACAGCCUGGAGGAGGAUAAGAAGUACAUUAUCAGUAUUUAUGCUGUUUACCCCCAGGGACCAAGUGAACCGGUUUCAAUAGUGGGCAAGACAUUAAAGCUGGUCCAAGUUAAGCAGUUCCAAGUCCAAAACGCCACCACAGACACUGUCCAGGCGAGGUGGGCGUCAGUUAAGGGUGCCACAGGAUACCGUCUGACAUGGGCAUCCCCAGAUGGCCACAUAGAGAACAUAAACCUUGGGGACACCUUCAACUUCUACAUGAUCCAGGGCCUCCACCCAGGCUCUGAGUACACCAUCACCAUCAACCCCAUCUUUGGAGACACUGAGGGGCCUGUCACCACCACCAAAAUCAAGACAUUGGAAAGCAGUGCAGUACAAACUUUGAAGGUGUCUGCCGUGAGCACCAGUGCUGCUGUCGUUUCGUGGAACAGUGUCCCAGGAGCCACAGGAUACAGACUGGCCUGGGGACCCACCCCAGAGUUUGUUGGUCGGGACCGUCCCAGGCAGUUGGCUCUGAAUGGAAGCACCACAGAGUACCAGCUGAAAAAUGUAGCCCAUGAUACAGAGUACGUCCUGACUCUCUAUGUGCUGUUUGGAUCUGUGGUGGGGCCUGGUAUCUCUGCUACCUUCAAAACUUCUCCGUUGGGCUAUGUGUCCAACUUCAAAGUGACAUCCUACACCAGUACCUCCAUAGAUGUAGAGUGGAGUCCCAUUGUUGGAGCUACUGAAUACAAAAUCUCUUGGAACACAGAUGAUAGCAGCCUUCAGUCCCGUUACCUGGACCGCAGUGUUCUCUUCCAUCGUAUAGAAAACCUGAACCCACAGUCCACCUACACAAUCACCAUCUGUGCAGUGUACGGCAACUCAGAUGGACCAGAAAUCUCCUUAUCUCAGCCCACAGGUGCUGUCUCAGACUCAGGGCCUAUCCAGGCAGUGAGGGAGGUGAAGGUUGUGGACAUUGGAGUGAACUCCUUCACCCUGUCCUGGAGGAAAACACAAGGGGCAUCUGGAUACAAAAUCACCUGGAUCCCCUUUCUGGGGGGUGAUGAGAAGUCCCACGUGGUAUCUGCUGCUUCCACCACCUUCACCAUCCACAACCUGCGGGAGAGCUCAGCUUAUAAGAUCCAGGUGUCCUCUGUGGUGGGCAAUAGGGAGGGAAGCCCAGUCCUGGUCACUGCACGCACCUUGGAUCUUCCUAAAGUGAAUGGCUUUGCAGCUCUGAACACUACAGACAGCAGCACUAUUCUGAACUGGACACGUGUGGCUGGUGUCUCUGGAUACCUUCUUUCCUGGAGGCACAUCUCAGUGUUGGAGAUUAAAACAGAGACCCUGGGCCCUGGUUUCACCUCUUAUAAGAUCAAUGAUUUGCUGUAUGGAAGAACCUAUAUUUUUACCAUCAGACCUUUGUAUGGAGAAGUGGAGGGCCCUAUAAGCACGAUAUAUCAGAGAAUAUUGGGACAGGAUCCUCCGGUGGUAACAGUCCGGUCUGUGCCAGCCACAGUCACCCCCCAUUCUCUUCAUAUCACGACUGCCACCAUCAACAACACUACCAUCACUUACGCAGCCACCAGGACCACCCGGCACCCCAUUGCUGUUCCACCAACUAAAUCCAUAACCACCAAGAAGCCUCCAGGUCAGCCAAGUGUCACUGAAGCCAAAGAGACAGGAGUCACCUCCCUUCGAUUAACCAUAUUCAGUGCAGAGACAACAACGCCACCAAGACCAGUGUGUGGUAAGGCCAAAGCAGACAUAGUAUUCUUAGUGGAUGAGUCCUCCAGCAUCGGCGCUAACAACUUUAUCAAGAUAAAGGACUUCAUAUUCCGGGUGGCCACUUACUUCCCUGUCAUUGGUUCUCAGGCCACACAGAUAGCCGUGGUUCAUUACAGUGAUGAGCCUCGAAUUGAAUUCCGUCUAAAUGACUUCAAAGACAGAAGCUCUGUGCUCAGGGCACUCAGAGCACUACGUUAUGGAGGGGGCAACACCAGAACAGGAAAAGGCAUCAGCUACGUUCUGCAGGAACUGUUCAAGGAGUCUCUGGGGAUGAGGCAGGAUGUGGCCCAUGUUCUGGUUCUGAUUACAGAUGGCAGGGCCCAGGAUAAUGUGGUGCCACCAUCCAGAAUUGCACGUGCUCUGGGUGUCAGUGUCCUGGCAGUUGGAGUUUCUAAUGCAGACAUUGAGGAGCUGAAUAAAAUAGCAGCACCCACCAGCUACAAAAAUAUCUUCUACUCACCAACCUUUGAUGACUUCCCUUCCAUUGAGAGAGAAUUUAUCAAUAGCAUCUGUAGUGAGGAACUCCUCUCUGAGUUCAAACUACAUGAUGAGAGUGCUCAGUUGGACACCCCGACUGAAGACCCGAAGGGGCUGCUAAAGCCUCAGGGUCCCUGCCCCUCCGAGUGUGUGAAGGGCCAGAAAGGGGAAAAGGGCGAUGGUUUGGGUCUUGGAGGUCUGAGAUUUAGGCAAAGCCCUGGAGAGUAUGAUCCUUUCACGUCUUCCAAAGGAGAGAAGGGAGAAAGGGGACCCCCCGGAACAGAUGGUGUGCCUGGGUUGCCAGGACGACCAGGGAGAACUGGACCCCCAGGUUCUGCCGGCCAACGGGGCCCUACAGGUAUUCCAGGUGAUAUGGGUCUGCCUGGACUCACUGGUCCAAAGGGACAGAGGGGAGAGAGAGGAGAGCCUGGAUAUGUCAUAGCUGGCACGGAUGCAAAUUUCGUUCCUGGACGAAAAGGAGAGCCAGGAUCUUCAGGUCCCCAGGGACCUUCUGGUGUACCAGGGGUCAAUGGAGCUCCGGGCCUACCUGGCCAGUCAGGACCACCAGGGUCACCAGGGAUAUCUGUCAAGGGAGAUCGUGGGGAGCCGGGAGUAAAGGGUUUACGUGGGAAGCAGGGUGUGAAAGGAGACAAAGGAGAGUCGGGAAAAGAUGGUACUGCAGGGUUGCCUGGUCCCAUUGGCAUUGAUGGGGUGCCAGGUUUACCGGGUCAGAAAGGAGAGAAGGGUGAAGAAGGAAUUGGCAUACAAGGUAUUCAAGGUCCUCGUGGAGAUCCGGGAGAGAAGGGAAAUAUUGGCUUAACGGGACCAGUUGGCCCAAAGGGUGAUCUUGGAGAGCAGGGCAUCCAAGGAACCAUCGGACCUCGGGGAAAGAAGGGAUUCAAAGGGGAGCAAGGGGACAAGGGAGAGCGAGGAGAGAUGGGACCAAUAGGACCACAAGGACCCUCAGGCCUGACGGGGCCAUUGGGGUUAAAAGGAGAGGAGGGUCCAAGAGGAGCCCCAGGAGAUCCUGCCAAGGGUAUAAUUGGCCCAACUGGAAAAAAGGGUGCCAGGGGAGACACUGGUCCAGUUGGCCUCACAGGUCCCCAGGGAAUAAAGGGUGAACGAGGAGACAAAGGAGAGAAGGGUAGUCCUGGUUUUGGGAUUCCAGGACAGCAAGGACCAAAGGGAGAAAAUGGCGAGAGGGGAAAUGUUGGUUUGUCUGGAAAACCAGGACCAAAAGGGCAUGAUGGCUCUAAAGGUGACAAAGGGAGUAUUGGGUUACCUGGCAAUCCUGGAGAACCAGGAUUAAGAGGUAAAGAUGGGGCACCUGGAACUAAAGGAGACCUAGGAAUUAAGGGUGAACAAGGACCACCUGGAGAGCCUGGUGACAGAGGAAUUAGAGGUCCACUGGGGUUACCAGGGCGACCAGGGGACCCAGGAGACAAAGGAGAUACUGGGAAGCCUGGCCUGCUUGGUACUGAUGGAAAGAAGGGCGACAAAGGGGAGCCGGGAAAACCUGGACCUCCGGGAGCGCAAAUUGUUGCAGACAACAACGUACUGACCAGAGUGAUUAAGGGUGAACCAGGAGAGCCUGGUCAGCCUGGUUUGAGAGGAGAAACGGGUCUGCCUGGACCAAGAGGUCCAGAUGGGAAACCUGGAUUACCAGGACCAUCUCUGGGUGGUUCUGGAAGAGAUGGACUUGAUGGUUUACCAGGGAAACCAGGAAUGAAGGGUGACCAGGGACAAAAAGGAGAGCCCGGUCCGAGGGGAGAUAAAGGAGACCAAGGCCGGGUUGGGAUUGCUGGAAUGCCUGGUUUACCGGGAACUCCAGGGAGACCUGGCAUUGAUGGGAAGAGGGGCCUGCCAGCAAAAGAUGGAGCAAGUGGACCAAAAGGAGAUGACGGCAAAAAGGGGGACAAGGGAGAUGCGGGUGCAAAUGGUAAAGAUGGUAGUAAGGGGGAACCAGGACCUCCAGGUUUGCCUGGUAGGCAGGUGCUUGUCACUCCAGAGGGCGCCACCAUUGACGAAAUCCGACAAGCAUUUCCAAUCCCAAUGGGUCCUCCAGGAGCUACUGGUUCACCAGGAAUAAAGGGUGAUAAAGGAGAAUAUGGCCUGAAAGGAAACAAGGGUGAUGCUGGAGCUCCUGGGAAAUCUGUUGAGAUGAAGGACAUUGAAGUGAUGUUUGAAGCCUACGGUAUACGGCUGCCUUUGCUGAAGGCUUUGAUUGACAGGCUGCUGCAGGACGGAAUAGAGGAGCUGCUUCAUGUGCUCGGCACCUCCAAGAAAACAAAAGAAAACACACAAACUCACACCUCCAACGUCAUCACUGAGUACACAAGUUCAGUGAAGUUUGACCUCACUGACCAGUCGCUGUCAGAGUUGGACACCAUUGAGGACCCUGAUUUAGAUGGACAGCUUCCAGAGUCUUUGUCAGCUGACCCUUUAAAUGAAACCGGAGAGGGUCCUACUUUAUGGACUGUCACCACACUGAACGGAGAGCAGGAGCUCGACAGGAUUGAGACCAAGUUAAAGGGAUCCAGAGGGAAGGAGGUAGUAGAUGGGGACAGUGACGGAGCAUCUUCACUCAAAAUUAAUCUGACUGUAGUCAAUUCUACUUUCAAUUCUACUACGUCCCAGGAGACGGUUUCAGGGUUACCAGAAACUGUGGUGGAGACUGUUCUCCUCACUCAGGAAGACUCUCUGAAGAAGAACUUAGGACAAAAGAAGAAGAACAGGGAACGUGGGAAGGGCAAAGGAAAUAAAGGACGACAUAAGAGGCAGAGACAACGCCUGACAAGUGAGGAGGACAAGCAAGACGAAGAGGAGGAGUUUUAUAACACUGAAGAAUACAGCUAUGAAUACGAGGAAGAAGUUUCCACAGAUGACCCCUCUGUCUCUCAGGAGAGGAGAGACAACAGACAUCUUGAAGUCCAAACCGAUGAAUUCCCUCAUGCAGUGGAUAAAAAGGAGGAACAAUUACCCAAACACAGACCUGCCCAGUUAGAAACAUUGGCGGAAACCUCCAGUCAUCCUCUGACAUCCUCCUCAGCCAGAGAAACAGACACUACACUUAAUGUUGCCUUGACAAACACAGGGCCACUAUCUCAACCCAUGGGGGAUAUAAAAAAGGACCAGGAUGAAGUGUCACUGCCUACACCUCCCAUCACAACAGAAGAACCAGACAAGGUGCCUCGAUCCCACAUCAGGGUGAAGAAAAGCGCCCCCUGGCCGGUUUCUAUGGUGUUCAUGCCUGGUGCCCCAGGUGGAAGAAAUCGUUUCAAGGAGGCACAAAAACCUCUGUCCUCUGGAGCACAAGGUUACAACAGCUGGAAUAGGAAGAAGCAAGAAAACCCUGACCUUCAAACACAUACCAGGAGGCAGAGGCAAAAUAGGAAGGAGAGACAGCGAUACAGUGAUACAGAAAGAGAUAUUUAUACAGAAACACAAGAGAAAGGAGUAGAGACAGAUGGAUAUACACAAACAGGCCCUGAUCCAGUCUAUGGGGAGGAGGAGAGGAGUGGAGACAACGAGUGGGAGACAGAGGAGGAUGUCGAUCGAGAGAGGGAAGGAGAGGAGGAGCACCUGGAGAGGGAGAGAGAGAGGGAAAGAUUGGAGAUGGAGAGAGAGAGAGAGGAGCUGGAGAGAGAGAGGGAGGCUGAGCUGGAGCUGGAGAGAGAAAAAAUGGAGAGGGAGAGGACAGAGCAGGAGGAGAGAGACUUGGGGAGGGAGAGGGAGGAGUGGGAGAGGAGGAGGGCGGAGCUGGAGAGGCAGAGAGGGGGGGGUUAUGAUGAGGAAACUGGACAGCCAUACCCAUACCCUCCAGUGUAUUUUUACCUGAAGGGACAACAAGGUGAGAAUGGAAAACCAGGACAGAAGGGUGAAAUUGGUGAAAAGGGACAGAAGGGAGAGCCAGGCAUCGGCCACAGAGGUCCAGAAGGCCAGGCUGGUCCUCCAGGACAGAAGGGUGAACCAGGUGAGUCUGGCCCUCCAGGUGGUCAGGGCAUCCAGGGUAUCCGUGGUAAUGCAGGCAUCCAGGGCUCCCCAGGCCCGAGGGGUCCCCCAGGGGACCCAGGAGAGCCGGGCAGAGAGGGUGACCGGGGAAAAAGGGGGAAGAAUGGAUCACCUGGAGCUCCUGGACCUCGAGGAGCAGCAGGACCUCACGGUCCUCCUGGUGUACCUGGAGUAAAAGGAGAAAAGGGUGACAGUAUUCCUGGAGAGCCUGGCAGCAGGGGGUUGGUUGGCUUCACAGGCAGAAGGGGUGAAAAGGGCACUCCGGGUGUUAAAGGGGCCCCUGGGCAUAUAGGUCCAAAAGGCUUGCAAGGCAGCAGAGGUGAAAAGGGGGACCGUGGGUUACCUGGAGUCAGAGGAGAAAGGGGGAGUGUGCUUCAAAUCCAAGGACCCCGUGGAUUUAAGGGUUCCAAAGGAGACGCGGGUGAGCGCGGUCCACCGGGUUUUGAUGGCGACAAAGGAGAAAAGGGUGAGGACGGUCCUCCUGGACUCAAGGGCUUAAAGGGUGAUGCAGGCACCAAGGGUGCAUUGGGACGGUUUGGAGCACGAGGACCAGUAGGCCAGAAGGGAGAUCCCGGAGAGCCAGGACUCAAUGGAGUGAUGGGUGUCAAUGGAGAUCAUGGAGUGGAUGGGGCCAAGGGGGACAAAGGAGAUCUAGGACUGCUGGGCCAGAAGGGCAAUCAGGGUGAUCCAGGAGAACCCGGCUUACCAGGAGACAGAGGGGAGAAGGGAGAUAAGGGUUUCAGAGGUUUACCUGGACGCAUUGGGAGUCCAGGCCUGGAUGGAGAAAAGGGAGAUAUGGGGUUCUCCGGCACCCCUGGCAUACCUGGACUGAAUGGACUCACAGGGCGCAAGGGUGAUAAGGGAGAGGGAGGCAUCAAUGGUGCUGAUGGUGAUCUAGGAGUGAAAGGAGAAAAGGGUUUAGCAGGUUUCCCAGGUUUCCCAGGGUUUAAGGGGUCAGCAGGGAUUCCAGGAAGGGAUGGAGAUGAGGGACCACCAGGACUCCCAGGACCCCGUGGGAACACAGGACUUAAGGGGGAAAGGGGCAGAAGGGGCAGAGUGAAGCCAUGUCAGAGGGGAGCGCCCGGGACUCCAGGACUAAGAGGAGAGAGUGGUACAAUGGGUAUUGAAGGAGGAAAAGGCAAGAAGGGGGAGCCUGGACUCUCAGCUGAAGAAGUGAAGGAGCUAGUGACCCAGGAAGUGGUAGAAAAGUGUGGGCUGGAAUACAAGUUCAUGGUAAAGUCUGUGGAUCCAGAUGGAACAACCUCAGUCACUGAGAAGAAAAAUGUGCCAGAUGAUGUAGUGGUGUCCCUCAACAGUGACCUUCAUGAAGAAGGGAUGCAAGAAGAAGGUGAAGAAGUGGAAGAGAAAGAAUAUGGUGACCAAGUGGGAGAAAUGACCAGUCCUGCCCCUGAGAUCCUCGCGGAAAAAUGGAUCCUACCAAACCACACUGAUUCUCUUGAGGGAGGGACUGCAGAGUGGGGACAGAGGAAGAAAAGAAGGGUAUUUGGAACAAACACUGCUGCAACAGACCACUGCCUGGAGCCGAUGUCAGAGGGGGCCUGUUCAGAAUAUGUUCUGCUCUGGUACUUCCACCCUCGCUCAGGGGAAUGCAGGCCAUUUGUGUAUGGGGGCUGUGGUGGCAACAGAAACCGAUUCUCCUCAAGACAAGAGUGCCAGAGUUGGUGUGGGAUGGAAAGAAGUGGUAGGAGGUACCAACCAGAUCACAGAUGAAAUACACAUUGUAACAGCUAAUCAGAUAAGUAAGAAAUUCUUCUUUAAAAGGGUUUUGGUUGUACAGUAUGAAUGGGAGGAUACUAGGGGCAGUUAAAUAUUCUGUUCACCUUUAUCAUAGUGAUAAAAAACGGAUUUACACUUCCACAGGUACUGAACCCUGGAGAUCAAACUAGCAACCCCAAACAAGAAAGAUCAGUUUUGUACAUAACUGUUUAAAAUGUUUUAUAUUGUAUUUAUUUAUAUAGUUUAACAGCUGUUUCUUGAUUUGUUUUAUGGACAGUGUCAAAUCAAAAUUAAUUAUUAAAAAUGUGUUAAUUUUGUCAUUUUUGAUAUAUAUUUCUGAAAUAGACUGUGAUUAGACUUGAGUUUACUACUGAAAAAUUAAAUCCGUCUUUUCUUUUGUGAUA